UUCUCGCAGUCUGCGGACGCAUAUCGCGCGUUGAUCACGUCUUAAAGAUUUAAGCGCGCGAAAAAAAACGCGAUCGCGAUUAAAUUAUAUUGCAAUUCAGUGAAUAAUUAUCAUUGUCAAUACUUAUACAACUUGUUUUUGUUAUCGCUUAAACAUUGAAGGUUUUAAGUGGCUUGGGUAUUGCUUGGAGUUUGUGUAAGCGUACGAUAAGAUAAUGGCGCGUUGCUAAAAUCAUUCCGACGUUUGUGGGUGAGGAGCUGAAGUUGACUUUACAUCAUGACAAAGAAGUUUGAAUUUAAUUGGCAAAUACCAGUACCGGAACCACUUCUACAGGGCGCAGUAUUCGACAGAUGGACAGAGGAGAAGGAUAACACCGAGUAUGAACAGAGCUGCAUGUUUAAAGUCGACGAGUAUGGAUUCUUUAUCUAUUGGAAGAGCGAAGGAAAGGACGGAGAUGUCAUCGAGUUAUGCCAAGUCAGUGACGUCAGGUCUGGCGGAGUGCCGAAGGAUACGAAACUGAGCAACAAUCUAAUCAACAAGCACGGGAACAAUCUUGAAGAAAAAUCUCUGACCAUAUGCAGCGGGACGGACUACAUCAACAUAAAUUACCAGCACGUCGUCUGUCCGGAUGCGAACACUGCUAACGUUUGGUUGCAAGGGCUAAGAAAGAUCACGCAUAACGUUAAGGCGAACAACGUGUGCCCUAUGACGUGUCUGAAGAAACAUUGGAUGCGUUUAUCAUUUCUCGUGGAUCCAAAAGGCAAAGUACCAGUUAAAGUGGUCGCGAGAACUUUUGCAUCAGGAAAAACUGAAAAGUUGGUCUACCAAUGUCUGUCGGAACUGGGGCUGCCUUCGGGGAAGAAUGAGUCGAUGGAGAAAGAAGCGUUCACAUUCGACAAGUUCUACGCGCUAUACCAUAAGAUCUGUCCGAGGAAUGAUAUUGAAGAAUUGUUCCGAUCUAUAACCCAAGGCAAAUCAGAUCGUAUCAAUUUAGAUCAAUUCGUUAACUUCUUGAACGAGAAACAGCGUGAUCCACGGCUCAACGAAAUCCUUUACCCUCUGUAUGAUGAAAAACGGGCUCUUGAAAUUAUAACCGAUUAUGAACAAGAAGAAGAUGCCAAGAAUGCCAAAUGUCUCACAAAAGACGGACUCGUACGUUACCUGAUGUCGGACGAGAACGCUCCCGUGUUCCUCGAUCGAUUGGACUUUUAUAUGGAAAUGGACCAACCCUUAUCUCACUACUACAUCAACUCGUCACACAACACCUACCUCUCCGGUCGACAGUUUGGCGGGAAGAGUUCAGUGGAAAUGUACCGACAAGUUCUCCUAGCUGGAUGCAGGUGUGUGGAGCUCGAUUGCUGGGAUGGGAAGGGUGAAGAUGAAGAGCCUAUCAUAACUCACGGCAUGGCUAUGUGCACGGACAUCCUGUUCAAAGACGUCAUAUAUGCCCUUCGAGAUACAGCCUUCGUAGCUUCCGACUACCCUGUGAUUCUAUCAUUUGAAAACCACUGCUGCAAGGCCCAGCAAUACAAAUUGGCGAAGUACUGUGAUGAAAUUCUUGGAGAUUUGUUAUUGAAAGAAGCCUUGCCCGAUUAUCCAUUGGAGCCAGGUCAACCCUUGCCGCCGCCAUCUGCUUUAAAGCGGAAGAUCAUGAUUAAGAACAAGCGACUGAAAGCAGAAGUGGAGAAGCAAGAGCUGGAGUUGUUCCGUCAGGGACAGUUCGUAAUCGAGGACGAGGUGAAAGAAGACGCCUCGGCUGUUGUCAUGCCGGAGAAGAAGCCCGAAGAGAUCGUGGCGGAGGCGGCGACGGCGGGGGAGGACGCGCCCCCCCCGGUACAGUACACCGGCUCCACCACCAGCGUGCAUCCCUGGCUCUCCUCCAUGGUCAACUACGCGCAGCCCAUCAAGUUCCAGAGCUUCGAGGAGGCCGAAAAGCGCAACAUCCACCACAACAUGUCGUCGUUCGCGGAGACGACGGGCAUGAACUACCUGAAGUCGCAGGCCAUCGACUUCGUGAACUACAACAAGCGGCAGAUGUCGCGCAUCUACCCCAAGGGCACGCGCGCCGACUCCUCCAACUACAUGCCGCAAGUGUUCUGGAACGCCGGCUGCCAGAUGGUGUCGCUGAACUUCCAGACGUCGGACCUGCCCAUGCAGCUGAACCAGGGCAAGUUCGAGUACAACGGCAACUGCGGCUACCUGCUGAAGCCCGACUUCAUGCGGCGCGCCGACCGCAGCUUCGACCCCUUCGCCGACGCGCCCGUGGACGGCGUCAUCGCCGCGCAGUGCGCCGUGCAGGUCAUAGCGGGGCAGUUCCUGUCCGACAAGAAGGUGGGCACCUACGUGGAGGUGGACAUGUACGGCCUGCCCUCCGACACCAUCCGCAAGGAGUUCCGCACGCGCAUGGUGCCCGCCAACGGCCUCAACCCCGUCUACAACGAGGAGCCCUUCCUCUUCAGAAAGGUCGUACUCCCAGACUUGGCCGUACUGCGUUUCGGAGUUUACGACGAAAACGGCAAACUUCUCGGGCAACGAAUCUUGCCUCUGGACGGUCUGCAGGCAGGCUACCGACACAUAUCCCUCAGGACCGAGGCCAACUUCCCCAUGUCUCUGCCCAUGCUGUUCUGUAACAUCGAGCUGAAGAUCUACGUACCUGAUGGCUUUGAAGACUUCAUGGCGGCGCUGUCGGACCCGCGAGCCUUCAUGGGCGCCGCCAAGGAGCGCACGGACAACAUGAAGCAGCUCGGCAUCGAGGAGAGCGGGCCCGAGAAGAAGGCGCAGCCCGAGGAGAAGAAGGAGGAACCGUUGGUAUUCGAACCCAUCACCGUAGAAAGCCUUCAGAAGGAGAAAGGCUUCGUGAAGACGGGUCGUAAACAACAGAAGGAUCUGGAAGCGAUGAAGAAACGGCACACCAAGGAGAAGAUGACGCUGCAGAAGCAGCAGUGUGCAGCGCUCGAGAAGAUGAUCAAGGGGAAGAACAAGGAGCAGCUGAGCGGGGACAGCGCGUUCCGCGCGCUGGUGGGCGAGCAGGCGUCGGCGUGGGGCGAGCUGGUGCGGCGCCAGCGCGCAGAGCUGUGCGGCGCCGCGCGCACGCGCCUGCACGAGCAGCGCGACCUGCUCAAGCGCUGCUGCGAGCAGGCGCAGCUCGCGCAGAUGAAGCAGCUCGAGGCCAAGCACGAGAGGGAGUUGAAGGAAAUGAAUACCAGGCAAGCAAAGAUCAGCGUGGAGACCAGCAAGGAGGUGGCCAAUGACAAGACUCUAAAGACCAAGCAGGAGAAAGACCGUCGGCUCCGCGAGAAGAAACAGAACAAUACUAAGAAGUUCAUGGACGAACGUAAGAAUCAGACCAUCAAGCAGAACCGUGAAAAGGACAAGCUGAAGGCAACGCACGAUAAGCAAAUGGAGGAACUCGCCAAGGACAUCGAUAAUCUGAUCGAGAUGUACAAGAUGGAGGAGUCCGAGUUCGAGAUGGCGAGUAAGACUGAAUUUUUUGCAUGAAAGUACCCCGACAUAGCUCCGCUGCUGGAGCAAAUGACUUGCGCAGUGAGUGCUCAGUGAUCUCUAUACUUGUAGUUACUUUACUUACGGUGUUGCCACUCAAGUUAUUGGCAUUUUUUGUGUUUACAACAUUUUCUAAUUCUGCCGGUAAUAUUGCAACAUUUUUUGUUAACAAUUAAAGGUAGUGACGGAAUUCGUCGUCUUCGUGAGCUACGCGUGUUGACAACGCGAAAAUUGCCAAAUUCGUUUCAGUGGAAACGCAACUUUACUUAUAAGUAGUCGAUUUGAUG